CUGUAGGUACCAUGUAACGGUAGGUAGGUAGAUAAGUAAGGUAAGGCGACAAACGACAAAACGUCAGCGGGGCAGUCCACUAGGUUUUAGGUACUUGUGGAGCCCAAAACUGGCCAAGGAGCCCCAUGGAGCUUGGGUAUAAGUGAAUAUGCUAAGACUUUAUCAGAAAUGCCGAGGACAUAUUUUCUGAUCUAUGUGGGUCCAUAAGAAUCCGAAAAAAAUAACGUUCCAGUUUUGCGGCGUAUCUAGAAUUAGAAGCUCAAAGUUGCGAUAUGUGAUAUUUUGUAUGGAUCUUGUUAUUAAUGAGAAGGGGGUCAAUAGGCGGUCGGGUUAUCCGUGCCUCGGCUCUUGGAAUUGGAAAGUUAUGCGCAAUCACCUGUAUCAAAUGAUUAUGGUACUAUGGGUUUCUGGGGGGGGGGGGGGGGUUUCUCUCUUUUCUCUGCUCUUAGGCGCCUGGUAUAUUACGGCCGAAUAUACCGAGUAUAGGGGGCGCAGAGAUAUUAAAUUUUUUUGUAUAACCUCAAACUCUAGCUUCGCUCAGUUCGCGGUGGCUACUUACAUAUGUAAUAUGCAAGAAUCGCCAAUAUGUUACCGCCAUCGGUAAUAACAUCUGCACGUACGAGAAAUUAGCAACGGCUACAAGUAGAGAGA